GGUGGCAGCCUGAUGCGCGUGAAUGCGCGGCCUCUAAACAUACUUGCGUCAUUUGUGUGAGGAAGAAGAACGUCGGCGCGCCGGGACGAACAUGGCGGCUGUAUACCGGGGUUCCUCGAAAUGGCUCUUCACCCCUGAACAAUUGGAAAAUACGCCGUCCCGUCGCAGUGGAAUCGAGCCGGACAGGGAAUUAUCUUACCGCCAGCAAGCUGCGAAUCUUAUUCAGGACAUGGGCCAAAGACUCAAUGUAUCUCAGCUCACAAUCAACACUGCUAUCGUUUACAUGCACAGAUUUUAUAUGCUCCACUCCUUCACGAAGUUCCAUAGAAAUAUAAUUUCGCCCACUACGUUGUUCUUGGCUGCGAAGGUGGAAGAGCAGCCGAGGAAGCUUGAACACGUUAUAAAAGUGUCCCACGCCUGCCUGUACCCACAAGACCCUCCUUUGGACACCAAGAGCAAUGCAUACCUUCAGCAAGCUCAAGAGCUGGUCCUUCUAGAAACGAUUGUACUCCAAACACUCGGGUUUGAAAUUACAAUAGAGCAUCCACACACAGAUGUUGUGAGAUGUUCCCAGCUAGUCCGAGCGAGCAAGGAUUUGGCCCAGACUUCCUAUUUCAUGGCUACCAACAGAUCUAAAUUCCGCGAGCUGAACAUGUUAUGUCUCCACCUCACCACGUUCUGCCUGCAGCACCGUCCCCAGGUGGUGGCCUGCGUCUGCAUCCAUCUGGCCUGCAAGUGGUCCAACUGGGAGAUCCCCAUCUCCUCUGACGGCAAGCACUGGUGGGAGUACGUGGACACCUCAGUCACGCUCGAGCUCCUCGACCAACUGACUCAUGAGUUCCUUCAGAUUCUGGAGAAGACCCCCAGCAGACUGAAGCGAAUCAGGAACUGGAGGGCUAACCAAGCGGCGAAGAAGACUAAGACAGACACGUCGUCAGCGGACUCCUCAUUCCAAGGCCUGUGUCUGGCCAAGAACAGCUCGCUGGACAGCCUGCUGGACAUGCGGAGCAGCGCCUUCUCCGACCUCUCCAACUCCUCCACCUCCUCCUUCCAGCUGGACCUGCCGUCCAGCUCAGCGCCGUCGCUCUCCCUCAACGGCAUGGCGGGGCUGCCCGCGUCCGCCUACCCAUUCCCAGCUUCCUCAGCGCAGGCGUCCGACGUCUACAGCCUCAAGGCGGACACCCUCAGCGGGCCUCUGGCUACCCAGCAGCCCCUGCUUCACCAGGCGGCGCUGCCCCCUCCGCCACCCCCAGCCCCCGCGCCCAUGAGGCUUUCGCUGGACAAGUACCGGGAGAAGCAGGCUGCCGAACUCGCCAUGGCCAAACGCCGCGAGGCAGAGCGCAGCGAUGCCUCGGCCACGGCUACCACAGCUCAGCCGGAACCGCACCGCAAACACGCGCACCACCACCACGGUAGCGGUGGCAGCGGUCACCUGCAAGCGCUGGGCUCUGGCGGCGACGGGUCGGUGCGGGUGAAAUACGCGGUGCCCGGCGCCGAUCCUUCGUCAUCCUCCUCCUCGAGGUCGUCAUCCAAGAGCCUGAAGCGGCGGCUGCCGGCGGCCGAGAACGGCAGCGGAGGCGGCAGCCAGGAGGAGCUCCGAAUGAAGAUCAAAGUGUCCGAGCGGCACGCCGCCUCCUCCUCCUCCUCCUCUUCCUCCUCGGGCGGCUACGGCGGCCUGGAGGUCCCCGGGGGCGGCAUUGCCGGCAGCGGCUCGAGCGGCGGCAAGAGCAAGCACGCCAGCCCGCGCCAGAGCAGAGACAAGCACCGGGAGCACUCGAGCCACCGGCAGUCCAAACACGGCCAUUCCCACUCCAGCAGCGGCGUGCUGUCCCUGGGCGGCCACGGCGACGCCUCGUCCGCCUCUUCCUCCUCCUCCGGUCACCACGGCCACCACCAGCAGUCGCAGGCACACCACGGCCACCACCACCACUCGUCCAAGUCCAGCCGCAGCUCCAAGAGCUCUGGCGGAUCCUCCCACCACCGCAGUAGCGGCAGCACCGCCAGCGUCCAGCAGGAGGUGCUGUGCCAGAGCGCCGGGCUUGGUGCGGCCUUCCCCGCCACGGGGCUGCCACACCAGGCCGCGUACGGAUCCCUGAGCACCUUAGUGAAGGCAGAUAAGAAGCAGAGCGAAGGUCAUGGGGCCGACGCCUCGCUGGCCCUUAACGGCCAACACAUGGACUACGAGGAUACCUUCAACAUGCUCGACUCCUUGCUAAGUGCCCAGCAAAUGAACUUCUAGAUCUAGAAGAGAAAGACGGCGAGUCAAGUGAGAGAAAAAGAGAAACCCUGCGAGUUUUAAUUUAUCUCCAUUUAUCAGAGUUAAAACAUACACAUACACAAUUGUGUUGUUUUUCUUUUUUUUUUUUUCUUUAUCAUAGUAAAUGAGUAACCUCCGCAUUUACAAAUCUUGACCUGAAACUGCGUCUCGCAACAACAAAAAAAUCUAUAUAUAUAAAUAUAUUAAUAUAGAUAGUCAAAUGCUACUCUGGAAAAAAAAAAAUAUGUGAAGUAUUUCCACCUGACGAGGCUUCCUGCUAGAUCUACUGCUUCUUCGAGCUGUUGGAACUCAGGUCAAGACGUGGUCAAGAUGAAGACGUGGUUCGGUUUCAUUUAAUGAGAUGUUUUAUACCGUUUGUGCUUGUUCCAAUCAAAGGGAGAACUUCGAGUUCUGAUGACUGUUUACAAGACGUGCAAAAGAGGAGAAACUGUUUUUCGCGCAUUUUUGUAUUUCUAAACUCUAUUCCUCAAACGCUCAGGUUUGGAGAUGCUUAAGGAUGUAACAACAAAAAAAUAUGAAAAAAGAAAAAGUCUAUAUACAUUACAUAAGCACGUACGUACAUACAAACAAACAAACAAACAUAUCUACACAAGAUUAUUAUGUUGGUCCAAUGGUGAAUUUUUUUAGGGCAGAUCUUCAGCAUCGUGUUCUGGGUCCGAUCAUCCGCUCAGCUGCUAUUAACGAUACCGGGACGGAAAAAGCCCAGUCGGAACUGCUCUGCUCCGCUCCGCUCCGCUCCUCUCUUCCGCGCGCACUGCCCCUCUUUGACUACUGACAUACAGCCUCUCCACCCGAGGGGCACCGACGUGGCACAGCAAUAAACAUGCCAGCCGAGCGAGCGAGCGCGCCGAGGCGAGCCUCGCGGUUUGACCUGUGGCAGAAGCGGAGCGUGGCCGGAGAAGUGGAGACCAGACGGGCAGCGUGGAUGCCCGAGGGGUGGCCCUGGAGGGCAGGGAGAGUGUUCUGAACUGGGCCGUGGUGUUCUAAAAAGUCUGUCAGUCCCAAACAGGUUCAUGUUCCAGGUGUGUGUGUGUGUGGGGGGGGGAGGAGGCUUGUAAGUUUUUUGGCGAAUUCAUAGACUUACGACCGUAAAACUGGAUGCCAAAGGUAGUGCCUAAAACUCUUUAGCAGAUUACAGUCAGACUUUUAAAUUACGUUUACAAGAGUUUCAUUUCUUUCUUUUUUUGUCUAUAAAAAUGCAUUUUAGAAGAGCUUCGCUCAGUGUCACCCCCAAGAUGGGAAGUAAAAAAGAAUUGUGAGAUGACUUUGUUUUAAUUAAGCCCCCCAUUCGCACCAUGCAAACAAAACAAAACAAAAAAAAAACAUGAUUCUGGGUACAGCCUAAUGUUUUAUUCCUUUUAAUAUGCAGAUUCUUGAUUGUUUUUGAAUGUUAUUCAGACGCAUUUCUGUUCAUUUGUGGGUUUGUGAAACGUGCUACUAGUGAUUUUACUCCACAUAGGAUUUGUGUAGCUUAAAACAGACUGUCCCCAAAAUCUUGAUGUCCAGUGUUUCAAUGAGAAUAAACCAUAUGCAUCUCAGUGAA